GAACAAUCAAAAAUUUGAUUAUUCAACAUGCCUAGGCCGUCUAGGGACUCCUAUGGCGACCAGAAACCUCCAUAUUCCUAUAUAUCUUUAACAGCUAUGGCUAUCUGGAAUUCACCCGAAAAAAUGCUUCCGCUUUCCGAAAUAUAUAAAUUUAUAACCGACAGAUUUCCGUAUUAUAGAAAAAAUACUCAAAGGUGGCAAAAUUCGUUGAGGCAUAAUUUAUCUUUCAACGAUUGUUUCAUCAAAAUCCCAAGACAACCCGAUAGACCGGGUAAAGGUGCGUACUGGGCUUUACAUCCCGCAGCUUUUGAUAUGUUUGUUAAUGGAAGUCUACUUCGACGAAGAAAGCGCUUCAAGCUCUUGAAAAGUGAUAAAGAAAUACUAGAAAAUGAAUUAGCCGCUCUUACAAAUAUAAAUAGGAUAUUCUUCUCGCCACCGAAUCCUCAAGGAGAAGUUAACCCCGCAGCUCAUCCGACGGUAGUGGCGCCGCAACCUUCUUCGCCUAAUAUAACUAAAUCGCCCGAAACUUCGGUCACAUGUAUAAGACCUAAAAGGUCUUUUACAAUAGAAAGUUUAAUAUCUCCCGAUAAACCUACUCCUGUGGUGCCUAGUGCUACACAUAUGGUGCCUCAUGUUCAUCCUUGGAUGCUGUCUUCAUACGACUUCACGUUUACUAAUCCAAUUGCUUUAAUGCCUCCUGCUACCCAUUAUGAAGCUUAUGGACUUGCUUCUGCCGAAGAAUUGUUUAGAGUUUCGCAGUUAUAA